AUCUUGUUUGGCGAAAGGAGAUGGUUACCAGAUUCGUCUUUAUAAAGCGGUAAACUGACGUCACGUAUCGGGCUUGAAAAAAAAAAAUAAUAAUAAUAAAAACUAUAAGAAAAUCCGAGCUGGAGUGUUUAUCUAUCAAUAAUUAUUAACCGGAUUUGAUAUUAAUGAAAUGAAUUCUGAAUUUAAUAAUGAAACAGAUAUAAUGCAAUUCAAUUUUCAAGACGACGAAUUGAGAAAUCACAGCGAUUCGAACAACAGUGAUAAUGUGUUGGAAGCAUUAUCCCUCACGUCGUCGCCUCAAGAAGAUAACAAUGCCGACGAUCAAAUAGACGGAACUAGAUUAUCCACUGAAGUUUCUACAAGUACUGACAGUACAAUUGAUAAUGAUUUUACCAAAAAGUCUGGCAAUGAAGAAGAAAAAGAACUAACAUUAAGAAAAAGAAAAUUAACAGACAGUACUGCUGAAGAAGACGAAGCAUCAGAUGGAAAUGAAGUAGAAUUCUGUUGGGAUGACUAUUUGGAUAUUUCGUCUAGUGUUGCCGCACCAGCUAUAACCUUUGUGCAUGUAGAACAUAGUCUCGAUAACAUACUCAAAGUAGGAAUGAAAUUAGAAAUACCGAAUUCCGAGCCACCCGAAUCUUACUGGUUAGCUACCAUCAUAAUGACCUGUGGUCCAUUGUUGACUUUAAGAUAUUUUGGCAUUGGGGAAGAUCGUAGUAAAGAUUUCUGGUACGAUGUAAAUAACAAUGAAGUUCAUCCUCCCGGCUGGUGUGUGAAAAACAGUAUGGAACUAUUUCCACCCGAAUGUAAGAUAUUACUAUUUAAUAUCCUUAAAUUAUUAUAUCCAAGUUAUGUUUCACUAAUUAAGAAAUACAAUUCGUCUUUACAGUUACAAAAUGGUAUAACACCCAUUGAACAAAUCAAACAAGGAAUGAAAGUGGAAAUUCAAGAAGAGUUAGAUCCAAAUAACGUGUGGAUAGCAACAAUAAUUGAGAAUGUUGGUGGAAGAUUAUUAAUGAGGUACGAUGGUGUUACAUCUCAUGAUUUCUGGCUGUUCUAUUUAUCUCAUCGCCUUCAUCUGGUUGGUUGGGGACACGAUCACGGAUGUCAGUAUCAACCACCUAAAGAAUUGAAGCAUAUAUACUCCGAUGCAGAAUGGACAGAUAUUUUACGAAUAUCUGUAGAAGAAUCUGAAAAAGUAAAAUUUCCUUCUCAAGUGCUUGCUCCUCAAGAAGUUAUAGAAACUCAUUCAUUUAAAGCUGGAAUGAAAUUAGAAGCCGUAAGUCCUGCUAGUAAAUUACAGCUCUGCCCCGCAACAGUUACGAAAGUACUCAACAAUUACUAUUUUCUGGUCGAAAUCGACGACUAUCGAAAAGAUACUGAUAAAAAACAAUCCCCCGCGGUUAUAUGCUGUCACGCUAAUUCCUUAGUUAUAUUUCCCGUAAAUUGGGGGAAAGAACACGGUGUUAAAAUACAUUUCCCGAAAGGAUUAGUAGAUAAUCCAGGCAACAAAGAAUUUGAUUGGCAACAAUAUCUUAAUUUUUGUAAAGCGGAAGUUGCACCUUGUGAACUGUUCAAAGGAAAAUUUAUCAACUUAGGAUUGGAACCAGGAAUGAAAUUAGAAGCAGUAAAUCCAUACCAAACUAAUCAGAUAUGUGCAGCUACAGUUACAAGAGUCGUGGAUCCUCUUAUAUGGAUUCAGUUUGACAGCAUUGAUAUAUUUCACUCAAAUCACAUACUUCCAAUGAACUCUCAAGAUAUCUUUCCCGUCGGAUGGUGCGAAAGCAAUGGUUUUUCAUUGAAGCCUCCUAGAACCUGUCUGAGCAAAAGACAGAGGAAAAUUAUGAAGAGAGUUGGAGUACUGUCAGAUACAUCUCCAAAAAAAUCCGAUCUCAGAGAUGAUAAUGGAAUUAUACAGGGCACAGUUGACAUAAAAACAAGCAGUACUCAGAAAGACAAUGCUAAGGCUUGGUGUCCAAUAAUAUAUUUCAACCACAAGUGCUUUUCUGGACCGUUCCUCGGAAAGAAUCGUUUGGCAGAGCUUCCAAAACACGUUGGGCCCGGUCCAGUGAAUUUGGUCAUGAAAGAAGUUCUAACAAUGCUGAUAAAUAUCGCUUAUAAGUCGAGCCGUGUCUUGAGCGAAUUAGAGCUCAAAGGCAAAUCGGAAGCCGGAAUGCAAGAACAAAUACUUAAAGCCAAAUAUAAAGGAAAGACGUAUAGAGCAGCCGUCGAAAUUGUACGAAGGAGCGAUCAAGUGGAAGAAUUCUGUCGAAAGAUUUGUAAUAAAUUGGAAUGUUGUCCUUAUCUCUUUGGUCCCGUCUACGUUGGAGACGACUGUCCAGAAAAAUGUCAUACUCAAACUAAAACACAAUAUAUUCAUAGUUUCACUAAGAAGCAAAAGAAGGUCGGUAGACCGCCUCUAUUACCAAAGAACGAAGACGGAAGCAAAGGACCCGGAAGAAAACGUAAAAAACGACGUCUUUGGUGCCUUCCCAGCAAUAAUAUAUCGCCGUCUUUAGACGGACAGACUGCCUCAAACAGUGGUUCGGAAACCAUUGCUCAAAAGGAAAACUGCCAAGAGGAAAUAGCUACUUCUCCGAGCAUCACUUCGGGCGAGCAGGCCAUGAAACUGAAACGAAAAUAUCAGAAAUUUGUAGCUCCAAAAUCUGCAAUAGUAACUCGCGGAGCAAAGAUACCAAAUUUCGGACUGAACUGGAGACGACAGCAGGAAUCGGCAAACCAUUUUGUGCCAAUUAUUAACAAUUCGAAACUGGGUAGGCCUUCUAAAAUUAGAUCGAUAAACGACGAAACAAAACUCAAAGAUUCCCCACCCGUAGCUAACAACUCCUCAGGGAUAAAAAUACAAAAUAUUGCUAAAACCUGUCAAACGCCAUUUCAGUUACAUUCGAAUCCCUUGAAUUGGAACGUAGACGACGUAGUAAGAUUCCUGAAAACAACAGAUUGUGCACCGUUAGCCAGAAUAUUAAAAGAACAGGAAGUAGACGGCCAAGCAUUCCUCCUCCUAAAUCUACCGAUAGUGCAAGAGUUUUUAGAACUAAAGCCCGAGCCGGCGAUAAGGCUCUGCCGUCAGAUAGAACGAGUCAAACUGGCAUUUUAUAGAUCGUUCGCCUGAUCUUCGAAGCAUCCGUUAAACGAAGAACGGACUACGUAUGUUAGCACCCGACUGUAUGUACAUAAACUUCUUAUACUGUACAUUCAAUAUUUUAUUAUUUAUGAAAGACAAAUGAAUUAUUUACUCUUGAUGUCCCACUGUAUAUAAAACUUACCAUGAAUCAAGAUGUAAAAAAAAAAAAACAGGGAGAGACGACAAAAAAUCCUUAGGAAGUUAGACGAGAAGUUUCGUUCCGAUUUUCGGAAACUUUCCGUUUCCCGUCGGAGGAUUCGCCGUUUUCGAACACUUCUCUUAAGCACGUCGAAGUUACAUUGACAAAAAAAUGCGUUGUUUAAACGGACCAAAGGAUUCCUACUUUUAUAAAAUUCGUAUAAUGUAUAAAGCACUCAAAGUUUAUUGUUAGCCCGAUAAUGCUUUUACUUUUUUCUUUUUCAUAUUAAAAAAGAAAAUCAUCUUUUAGGUUGUGGUAAACAGCAAAAAUGUACAAAGUUUGAUUCUUAACCGUUCGCAAUGUACAUAUUUAAGUUUUUCUGUAAUGGGAAUAUAUAUACAUAUAUAUUUUUAAACUAUUAGAUACUAAAAAAAAGGGUGCUAUCUUUCUCUCACAUCUGUGCCAUGAUAACUUUAUGAAUUGAAAACUGUGUAUAUAUAUAAAUAUGCAAAGUGAAAUGCAAAAUUAAUUUGCAGAUGAUGUCUUAAAAUAGUUUGAUCCUAAAAUUAUAGUAUUAUCAGAUUGUGAACUUUGAUAGUUAUUAAAAAUAUAAUUAUUAGUUUUACAUUA